GUGUGACUUUCAUUUACACAACAAAAAAAAAGCUCUCCUUGCGACGCCGUUUCUCUCAGCCGUGUUUCUGACCUAACCAAAUCACCGUUGCGCACAGAGACAACAAUCCGCCGCCACACCGUCCGCCGUUCUCCACCAAUCAUCAGUCGUCGUCGUCUUUUUUAAGGUUUAAUUUUUUGAGCUUUUAGAAGAUGGAUGAAGAUCAAGAGAUGGAGAAAUUCGGAAUGGAGAAUGAUUUCGAAGGUGGCGAAUGGGUUGGUGGUGAAUUCUACUAUCGAAAGCGUAGAGAGAAACGACAUCAAACCAAAGAGGAUGUUCUCUAUGGAGUUUUUGCUGAUUCUGAAGAUGACGAUGAUGAUGAGUAUUCUAGUAGGAAGCGAAGAAAAGACCGUGAUUUUUCGAAGAAACAGGACUUCACUAAACCGGUGAAUUUCGUUUCCAGUGGAAAUUUUAUGCCUAAUCAAGAUAAUGUUAAUGAGAAUUUGAAAGAAAAAGAUGAGAAUGAUAGUUAUGUUGACGAAGAUAGGCCUGGUUUAGGUGCAGGUCUUGGUUUUGGAUCUGCUAGCACGUCCGGGUCUGGUUUAGGUUUUAAUUCUGGUCCUGUGAAUGGUUCUCAUAGGAAUGAUGAAUCUGAUGAUAAUGAUAACGGUGAUGAUAAGUUUUUGCCUACUGCGUUUGGGAAGAAGAUUAAGGAGGGAGCAAUGAGGAGGGAGAAGGAGAGAUUGGAGAAGAAGAAGGGGCAGAAGCAGAAGCCUGGUCUAGGUCUGGGGGGAUCUGUGGAUGUUGGGACUUUCGAGACUCAUACAAAAGGAAUUGGAAUGAAGCUGCUGGCGAAGAUGGGUUAUAAAGGUGGUGGUCUUGGGAAGAAUCAGCAGGGUAUUUUGAAUCCUAUUGAGGCAACAUUAAGGGCUAAGAAUAAAGGUCUUGGAUUUGAUUCAUCAGAGAAGACUACAAUGCUGUUGCCCACUUUGCAGACGGAAAAGAAGAAUACAUCGGGAGGAGAUGUGCAGCCUACAGUUGGAAGAUCGAGAGAACGUUCGUGGUUAAAGCAGUUGAAGAAGAAGAAAAAAGAAGAGUAUGUAACUGCUGAAGAGUUGUUGGCGAGCAAGCAAGAAGAUUCAGAGGUUGUUCAGAAGAUUUAUGAUAUGCGGGGCCCGCAGGUACGAGUGUAUACAAAUUUGUCUGAUUUGAAUGCUGAGGAGAAAGCAAAGGAAGAGGAUGUCCCAAUGCCCGAGCUUCAGCAUAACGUAGCACUAAUAGUUCGGUUGGCUGAGGCUGACAUCCAAGAGAUAGAUAGUGAUUUGAGGAAAGAGAGGGAUAUAGCACUUAGCUUGAAAAAAGAAAAAGAGAACUUGGAAGCUGAGGCAUCAUUUCAAAAGAAUCAGCUGGAUAAUUAUGAGAAAAUAAUGAGUGUGCUAGACCGAGUUGGAGAAGACAACACCUUAGGAACAUUAACAUUGGACUCCCUUGCUCAAUGCUUUAGAGACAUGCACAAAAGAUAUCCUGACGACUAUAAGUUGUGUAACUUGUCAUGCAUUGCUUGUUCAUAUGCUCUUCCUUUGUUUAUCAGAGUGUUCCAAGGAUGGGAUCCUCUUCGAAAUCCUUCUCAUGGUUUGGAGUUGGUAUCACAGUGGAAGGCAUUGCUUCAAGGUGAUGAUUGUUUUGAUAUUUGGGACACAUCGUCACCUUAUACUCACUUGGUUUCAGAGGUUGUAUUAUCAGCUGUUAGAAUAUCUGGUAUAAAUACAUGGCCUGCACGGGAUCCUGAGCCGAUGCUAAGGUUUUUGGAGUCAUGGGAAAAGUUGCUUCCUUCUUCAGUUCUCGCUGAUAUAUUAGACAACAUAGUCAUGCCAAAACUAUCAAAUGCAGUAGGUACUUGGGAACCACAUCUUGAGACCAUUCCUAUCCACACAUGGGUGCAUCCAUGGCUACCUUUGCUAGGGCACAAAUUGGAGGAGAUCUACCGGACGAUUCGUUUCAAAUUGAGUACUGUUCUUGAUGCGUGGCAUCCAAGUGAUGGUUCUGCAUAUGCCAUAUUGUCCCCUUGGAAGACUGUAUUUGAUAAGGAUAGUUGGCAACAACUUAUGCACCGUUUUAUUGUACCAAAGCUGAAGGCUGUAUUUGUAUCUGAUGAAUUUCAAGUGAACCCGGCAAGUCAGAAACUUGAUCAGUUUUAUUGGGUAAUGAACUGGGCUUCAGCUAUCCCAGCUCAUCUGAUGGUUGACACGAUGGAAAUCUUCUUUACCAAGUGGCUUACAGUUUUGUAUCGUUGGUUGUGCUCAAAUCCUAACUUUGAAGAAGUUACGAAAUGGUAUUUGGGCUGGAAAGAACUUAUUCCAAAAGAACUUUUGGCAAAUGAAACUAUUCGAUACAAGAUCAAUUGCGGUCUUGAAAUGUUGAACCAGGCUGUUGAAGGUAUGGAGGUUGUGCAACCUGGUUUGAAGGAGAAGAUAAGCUAUAUCAGGGUAAGUGAGCAGAGGAAAUUUGAGAAUCAGCAGAAAGCAGCGGCCUCUGCUCAGCCUGUCAAUGCAGAUGGUGUGAAUGAAAUGAGCAUGAAAGAAAUCAUUGAAACCUAUGCUCGGGAGCAUGGUUUACUGUUCAAACUUAAACCUGGUAGAAUGCAUAAUGGCCAUCAAAUAUAUGGGUUUGGCAAUGUCAGCAUAAUAAUUGAUUCUCUAAAUCAAAAGGUCUAUGCCCAAAAUGAGGAGACAUGGUCUUUAGAAACUCUUGCGCGAUUGCUAGAGUUACAUAAUAGAUCUCUUAGUAAAAGACGCUGAGUUCUGUGUUGGUUAUGUGAAGUAACAUCUCAGUUCUCAGGGGAUUUUUUUCUUGCUUUCUUAAGUUUAGCUUCCGGACUAUGUUGGUGCCACGAAAAUUAGUUUGCAAGAGGUAGCCAUAGGAAGGGCAAUGUUCCAUAUAAAGUCAAUAAAUCCGGGAGAACUACUUGUAUCCCCCACUCAUUUAUUGAAAAUAUACCUGUUUGAUCCGGACGAAAAAAAAAAACAAUUAUUUUUUCUCCGGAUGGAUAAAUCCGGAAAAACGGUGUUUUUCACAUCCAGAUGGGUAAAUCCUGACCCUAACGGGAGCAGGUUUUAAAAACUAUAGGGUGGGAAAAAACCUCUCAUACCCUUGUGCGAACUAGGCCUGUUCAAAAAUCAUUUAUGAACCAAACUGAACCAUGAACUGCGCCCAAUUGCACGGUAAAAAACUGAACCAUUUACCACAGUUUUAUAACUGAGCCAGUUUUUUAUUUAACAGUUGAAGAAACAAACAGAUUUACACUUCAGUGUGGUGAACUACCAGACUCGCACCUUGCGAGAGGCACCAAUGCAAUUUCUAAACCGCUGGCACUCUAAUAAUAGUCGCUGAGUAAGUCAGUAAGAUAUAUUUAUUAGUUAAAAAAUUGUUGGUGUGAUGAUAACACGCCAGGAGAACACUCCGGUCGAAAACUUCUCUAAUGUGUGUGUGUGGGUUAGUUUGGAAAGCUAGAAAUGCGUUUAACUUCUCCAAUGUCUUGUCUGGGAGGAGGUAUUGAAGAGUAGCUUCUGAUGAGAUAUUAAUCUGCAUUUCUCAAUGAUUUGGUCUGUUGUAUUGAUAUCAAGUGCAGCUAGCAGGUUGUUUUAUAUCCUGAGGAGCGUUUUUCUUUUUAUCGGAAUCUAGUUCUAUUCUUUUAUCCGGGCAUGUUGUUGACAGAUUUUAGUCUGUCAGUUGUAUCUCGAGGUUGGAAUUAGUUUUUGGUUAUGAUUGAUUUCACAACUGCCAAACCGAAAGUGCCAAACCGAAACACAACUGAUGUGCAGACAACUAAGUGGUGAAUGUAUAUAUUUUGGGGUGAAAAAACUAAACUAAUUGUGUGAUUAAUCGUUAUGAAUCCGAAUAACAAACGUUAUUAGUAAAAUUAUUCUUUUUUCUAAUCGAAAAUCCUUUCCGCACAAAUCUAAUCUCUUGCUCUGUGUAAGACCACAAUGAACACCAAAAUUUCUGCUCAAGAGAAACGAUAGAAAUAAAGCAACAUGAGCAGAUUUCAUUGAAAACAUACCUCUCAUUUCUCAACCCCCAUCUUUGACAUCAAGCACCAUGAAUGAGACUCAUGUGAUAAGUGAGGUGAAUUAAGCAAACUAAGGAACCCCCCUAAAACA